UGCACACUAAAAGCUUGUUUUCCAAUCCCUCUUGACCAUAUUAUCUUUAUUUUCUGUACCUUUAAUACCUGUUUACUAGAGGUUGUUUAUUAUACUUAAUGAACAAGAUAUAUUGGGACUGCAUAGUUUAUUUUCCACACCAUGACUUUGUUACUUCUGAUGUAGGAAACUGAAAGUACAUUUCAAACAAUUCUCUUGUUCUUUGGCUUCACACCAGAAACCUCCAAAUUUAACAAAGAAAAGGAGGAGAUGGUGUCAGAUGGAGGAUUACAGAGGACUAUGGGAAGAUAUCAGCAGUAAAUCCCUGUAGUUCAGUGAGUGACAUGGGACUAGAUCUGUCAUUAUCAGGAUCUUGAGGAGUCCUCUGGGAGUUAAAAUGAGUUCUCUACUGCCGAGGGCUGAGGGGGCUGCUGCCCCUGAAGAAAGACUUAAGGAUGGAUCACCACACCAGGCGCUUGAUGAAACCAUGGAGACAGAUAGGAGUGUCUAUCUGGAUGGAACAGUGUCCAUUGUCUCUGGUGUUGAAUCAUGUAGGAGUAACAAUUCCAUGGACACCAUUAUUAAUUUUAAAAAGGAUGGGCGAGAACAGACAGUAUGUCAGGAGCAUCAGAGACCUCUGGAGGUGUUCUGCAGGACAGACCAGAUGUCCAUCUGUACUCUCGGUUCAGCCACAAAGCACAGAGGACAUGAUACAAACUACAAUGACAAACAAGCUGGAAGACAGGACUUGUAUCCAGAGCAAUGUCGGAGACCUUGCUUACUUGACACUCCUCUGCCUCCUCCUGGUGAGAUCCAGUUCCAUUCGGUGACGUCUGGCUCUGUCUCUCUGAGCUGGGGUCCUCCUGAAGGACUGAACGGACCGCACAAGUUCAUAGUAACCUGGGGAUAUGAUGAAGAACCGCUCAGCCUGAGGGUAGAUGGUUGUAGUGUUACAGUAGAUGAACUCCAGCCUGGUAAAUGUUACCAGUUCCAUGUGGCCACAGAGGGGGAAGAUUGUAGUCGAAGCCGAUUGGUCUCAGCAUCUGUAUUAACAGCGGUCCCCGUACCCAGGGACAUACAAGUAAACCAGUCUGGAGAAAACUCCUUCACUCUUAACUGGUCCAAGCCUGAAGGGAUGGAGAAAGUCCCUCAACGCUUCCUCAUAUCCUACUGCAGCCAAAACACAAAGACCUGUGCAGCUACUACUGAGGACUGUUACAAAACUCUCUCUGACCUAAAACCAGGGACUCAGUACACUGUCAGUGUCUCCACUGUUCUGAACGGAGAGCAGAGUGAACCUGUCUCUAUUACCAUCUGCACUGGACCAACAGAUCCAGCUUCAGACUCAGCAGCCCUGUCUGCCCAUCCCCAUAGCCCUGAACCAGCCCUACUCCCAACUGAAAGAGUACCCUUGUUCAUGGAUCUGUUGAAAAGGAUUGGACUAGAAUAUAAUUAUGAAAACAACAAGCUGAUGUUAAGUUCUGUCCUGGAGAUAAAGGCAGAUACCACAUCAGAUGAGACACCUCAAACUCUGCAGUCACUUCCAGGGACUUUCCUGAAGAAGUUAAUGAUGGCAAAUGUAAAUGCCAGGAGUGUGAUGGUCAAAGGUGACUUGUGUAACAGUGAAAGGAUUAAUCCGUUGGACUUGAUUACUGCAGUCUUUCUGUGUUCAGAUGGUUUCUUGCAGCAGCAGAUUGUCCUGAAAAUGUCCCAGUGUCAGUUUGCUGUUCCUCUCCUGCUGCCCAACUGUGAUACUAAACAGAGCACCUUGAUGCUCUGGGCCUUGAGGGACAUUGUGAAGAAGUUUAGACCCUCUUUACAAACCGAUUCAAAGUCCUUCGUAGAGGAGAGAAUUGUUGUCUCUGGCAUUCCUAUGGUGUCCUUUGUGAGGCUAGGAGAGAGCAGCUUGUCCAAGUCACAGAUUUUAAACAAGUUGCUUGGUAACCCUCAACAGUACAAUGAUACCUUUGUUCAUCAUGAUAUGGAAGGUGGUGAUGUUCCUCGUGUAAUCUCAGAUGGUCUAGUGGAAAUCAGCUGGUAUUUACCAUGGGGGAACAAAAACAUGGACAGGUUCACUAAUCCUGUGGCUUUCGCCAAUCUCAGGGGAGAUAUCAGGUACUUUAAAACACAGUUUUACUUUCUGUGUAAAACAUCAGCUAUAGUGUUUGUUUUCAUUGAAAAUUAUGAAGCAGAUUUUAAGAUUUUGCAAAGCCAACUCUCCAAAACACAGUUAUUUCUGGUUGUCAACUCUCAGAAAGACUUCACAGAUCAGACAUUGACAAAACUCACAACAAAAUGCAGUAUCGAUCCAACAAAUGUGAUUGUUAAGAAAAGGGAAAAUGAUACAAAAUUUGUUAAGAUUCUGUUGACAUCUGUCAGUGAGAGCCUCCGUAAAAGUCCAAAACUAGUGAAAAUUGAAAGCAUGGCUGACAUUGCUUGUAAGAGUGGAAUUCUGGUUGAUGAAAACUCUGAUGAUUGUCAGAGUGCCAAGAAGAUGGCAGAUGAAAUCACCAGAAACAUCACAGAUACAUCCAAAUUCAAAGAGGAGCAGCUACCCUUACAAGGGAAAAUCUGGAAAGAGAUAUCUCAGGUGGAAAAAGAAAGAUGUCGGCUGAAUAAAGCAGGGAAUGAAGACAUUGAGAAGUACAAGAGUUCUCUCAAGAGAAAACAAAAUGAACUAAGACAGGGUCAAAAGAGCAUUAAUUUGACAAAUGCAGGGACACUUUUUAUUAGUGGAAUGUCUGGGUCAGGAGUGAAGCGAAACUAUUUCCUCAAAUGGAUGCAGAUUAAUCUGGACAAUAUAUCACAGAAGAAUGUAUCAGAGUUUCAGGACAAGUACAAAGCGCUUUGCAAAGAUUUUCCAGGUGAGAAAGUCCAGAUUGCAGAAUUGGAUAAGAUAUCUGAUUGUUCCUUGGGACUUGAACACUUCCUUCGUGAGUUGGGUCAGUUAUAUGAAUCUUCCAGCUUCCCACCUGAAAAAACAUUUACAAUGCCAAAUAUCCAAGAUUUGCCUCCUUUGUGUGCUCAGAUGCUUUUAGAUUUUAGUUUCCCAAUUGAGCUUAUAGAUGGAGAUGCAUCAAAUAUCCCACUAAAAUGGAUAUCAGCUGUAUUAACUCAGCUUCAUAGUAAACUGAAACCAAACAGCAAGAUCCGUGUUGUGACAGUUUUAGGGGUCCAAGGCACAGGGAAGUCCACUCUUCUCAACACCAUGUUUGGGGUCCAGUUUGCUGUCAGCAGUGGAAGAUGUACCAGAGGGGCCUUCAUGCAACUAAUAAAAGUCAAUAACAAUCUCAAGGAGGAGCUGAAAUGUGACUUCAUUAUGGUUAUUGACACAGAAGGUUUGAAAUCACCAGAGUUAGCUCAACUAGAUGACAGCUAUGAACAUGACAAUGAAUUGGCCACUCUAGUUAUAGGACUCAGUGAUGUCACGAUUAUCAACAUAGCCAUGGAGAACUCAUCAGAAAUGAAGGACAUUCUACAGAUUGUUGUUCAUGCUUUUAUCAGAAUGAAGGAAGUGGGAAAGAGGCCAAUUUGUCAUUUUGUUCACCAGAAUGUGUCAGACAUUUCUGCUUAUGACAAAAACAUCAGGGCCAGGAAAAAGUUGUUGGAAUAUUUGGAUGAAAUGACUCUGGCAGCAGCCAAAAUGGAGAAGAAGGAAAACAUCACAAAGUUCACUGAUGUGAUGGAUUAUGAUCCAGACACCAGCAGCAGCUACAUCCCAGGACUCUGGCAUGGAACUCCUCCAAUGGCUCCAGUCAAUGCUGGAUACAGUGAGACUGUGAAUGACUUCAAAGAGAGCUUGAUGCAAAUAUUGAAAGAAUGCAGGGGGGAUAAUGAUUUGACAGGUUUCCUGCAGUGGACAAAAAGCUUGUGGGAGUCUGUGAAAUUUGAGAAAUUCAUCUUUAGUUUCAGAAACAGCUUAGUUGCAGAUGCAUACACAAGAUUAUGUACUGAGUACAAUGGUUGGGAAUGGUCAUUUCAGAAGGAAAUGUAUUCCUGGAUGGUGUGUGCCGAAAACAACAUUUCUAAUUUUGGCACAGAUUCUCAGUCUCAAAUGAAGGAAAAUGUGCUGGAGGAUUUGUUAACAGAAGCAUCUGAUAAGAUUGCAGUUCGAGGAAACGAAAUCCAAGGCAAUAUAGUAAAGUACUUUGAAAAGCAAACCACCCAUGUCAAUCUAGUGGAGAAAUACAAGGACGAUUUCGUGGCCAGUGCCAACAUAUUGAUGAGGGAGAUGGAAAACAAAGUUAGGAACACUCUACAUAGAACUGUUGAGAUCAAAGAGGGGAUGGCCAAACUGGAAAAGAUCAAAUGUUCACAUGCAGAAACGAUGGAAAAGAAAGUUCUGGAUUUGCUGAAAAUUUGCAGAGAGAAUAAAUCUGAUUUAUUAGAUAUGGAUCUUGAAAAAGUGUUUGAAAGCAUGUGGAACAAAUCUUUGUCUGAGAUCAACUUCAGCACACUCCCAACAAAAAACAUUUUUCAAGAUGCUUUUCUUGUGUUAAGAGGAAAUUUAUCAACAAGGGGAGGGUUUGUCAAUAGUAUGUUUGUUGAGAACAAUCUAAGGGAUUGUGGGACAAAACCCUUUGAUUUUAAAUCAGGGAAUUGUUCUGCCCAACAACUGCAUCACAUCAAAGAAAUGGAAAAAGUCUGUAAUAAAAUCAUAACAAAGUGUCUAAAAUCUAUUACCCAGAGGGUGGAAAGCAAAACUGAUUACUAUGACACUUACAUCAAGGAACUGCUUGAAAUGAUUGAUGAAACAUUACUACAAAACAAGGACUGUAAAGUUAAUGAGGAAUGUGAGGUUUCACUGAAGUUACACAUCUGUGGCAUAGCAGCCAAUGAGUUCCAGAAGAUGCAUGAUGAUUUUAUUACAGUCAAUGAUCCAAGGAAGUGUCUGGAACAAUCUAAGAACAAGUACCUUACUGAUUUCAUAGACUUGUUUCAUGAGCGAGACCAAUGGCAAAAGAAAGCAAAGGAUUUCACGAAGCAAUGUUUACAGCCAGCUGUAAUAGACUAUGUGACUAAAAUGAUUGGUCCUGAUGUGGUGGAUCUAAUGAAGAGAGGUAAAGACUCAGAGGAUUACAGCACAAGAGGGGCUUUCCAGUUCUCCAUGUUGAAACAGCUCCUCAUUAAUGGAGAGUAUGACAACUAUAAAAAGUACAUUAGUGAUUAUGAACAGUUUGUAAAGGACUGGCUGUUUGACCAUACUGUUAACGAACUGUCAAAAGAGAGCAGUCUGAAGACAUUGGAGAAGUUGCAUCUUACAGAGAUAGUCAAAUUAAUUGCUGAUACAAUAGUAACAUUCAGAAAUACAACCAGCACUGAUGAAGAGAUUAAGACGUUCAUUCAGAAUUUCUGCAGUGCCCUUGGACACAAACUUGUCCUUCCCAAGGAUGCUCUAAAUUCAGUCAUGACUCUUAACUACUCUAGAAAUACAGAACAGUUUGCUAACAAUCUCAUAGAGUUCGUGCAAGAAAUGGAACAGUCACUGGCUGCCAUAUAUGACCAAGAGAUGGACAUCAAACUGCGACUCAGGUCACUUCCAUUCAAGCCUCAGGACAAGAUGUUCACCAGUCUGUUUGGUUGUGGGGAGGUUUGUCCCUUCUGUAAAGCACCAUGUGAAGCAGGAGCAAAGGAGCAUUCAAAACACUUCACCUCCAUUCAUCGUCCACAAGGUGUAAGCGGUUGGAAAACUACAAAUACAAAGGUAUUGGUGACUGAUAUAUGUUCCUCUGAUGUGAUUAGUGACAACAAAUUCAACCUCUCUGAGGUAGGAGCCUGUAACCACCCGUACAAAGACUAUCAGAAAUAUUUCCCAGAGUGGAUCAUAUCUGGCGACCCCAGCAUUGAGGCCUCAGACUACUGGAAAUAUGUGAUGGCCACAUUCAAUGAGAGAAUUGCUAAAGACAAUGAUGGACAUCCUGCUGACAUCCCAGAAGACUGGAAAACAUUAACAACUGAGGAUGCAAUGAAAUGCUUAAAAGCAACAUUUAACGUGACAUAAAAUGAAAAACGAGGAGGUUUGUGACAAAGAAUCCUUUGUGAAUACAGAAAAAUACUUAUUUCACCCAUACAAAAACUACCAGAAAUAUUGCAUAUUACCUUGAAUAGAUCAGAUAUUGAAAUGCAUUGAGGUUGCAGAAUAGUAAACAUAUGUGAUGGCCACAUACAAUAAAACUAUGGCCCCACGGCAUUUCUUGUUGACAUUCCAGAAGAAUGGAACCCUGUAAAUCAUUCAAUGAGAAACUAAAGAAAAUGAAACAUGACAGCCAGAAAUAAAUGGUCUGUUAUGAAUUCAACAAUAAAUGUAGCAAUAAUAAUAAAUAAUAAAAAUGAGAUCCAUAAAUAGCAGAUAUUACGAUUUUCAAUGCAUCUAGGAUUUGAAACAAAAUACCAUCUGUAUUGGUGUUCAGUACAAUUAUGAGUAAUACCAUAUUGAACAUUUGAUGAAGAAAGACAGUGAAAUGACUGAUAAUUGUUCAGUCUCUAAUUAUAGCAUCAUUGAAGGCCGCAAAAUUACAUUUUAAACUCCCUGACUAACAGAUACCUGCAAGCUUAUACAAAAUGUGAAUUUAUACAAAUACUGUAUACUCACUCAAUGUGUGUACACAUUGUGAUUAGAAAUGAAGGACGACAAUAUUCAUGUUGUUAUAUGUAGUUUCUCGAUAAAGGAAGAUGCGUUUCUCUAUAUAUAUAACAUUUUAUAUUUGUUUGUUGAUAUGGUUCAUUUUCAUCAAGUCUUUCAUCUUGUUGUAAGAGAAUA